GAAUUAUACUCUAAUGCCUGAUUAUUAGUGCAGCACAGAAAUAUAAAAGGAGCUAGUCGUAUUUAUAAGAAUAAAUGGAAAAUAUUUUUCGCAAAGCUACUAUUUCUUUUAUUCCCCAACUAUAAGUUUAGAAUAAACUAUGAAGCUAGCACGAAGGGAUUGCUUAACUCAAGAUGAUAAUUUUUUCUUUCAAAAAUGCUGCUUAAAAGAUCAUACCAAUAUUAAUCAAAAAUUACAAAAGGAUCAAAUCGCCAUUGAGAUCACUACAAUUGCCAAAAUCAUCACUCAAUACUCUCAAGCCCCCCAAAUCUCAUCUACUCAAAAGCACACUCGCGAACUCCUCCACACCACACUCCUCGAACAAACCCAACUCAAGUCUGAACUCUCUCUGUACAAGCGCUUCAUCGUUCCCUCUCUUCUAUUGCUACUCUUGCUAGUAACUGUGAGAAGCUUUUACUCCUUUGAAGUAUGUGAAAAAGGGCUGGAUACCAAAGUGGCUUGUGAAAUUCCCCAAGAUGAAAUACAGAUUAACAGUACAGUACUAGGACCAGAAAUUGAAGUUCAAUAUGCACAAGCUAUGCCAGAAAGAUUUCAUGAUGAUGAACUGAAAAAUCAUCUGGAUAUGCAGAUGGAAAAGUUAAAGGAACUUGAAAGCAAAAUCAAUCUACUUCCUCACAAGCUUAAUAUAUCUGCAUCCCAGCUUAUAAAUGAUAAAAACUAUGAGCCAGAAAAUAAUUUAAUCAAGACAUCUGAACAAAACCCUCAGAACAAUGAAGAAAUAUGCAGCUGUUCCAACAGAGUUAUUUUUCAAGAAUAUCAAGAUAGCAUUCUUCAAAGAAUAGAAGAGAAAUUAAGAGAAACAAAUAAGUGCUAUUGUGAUACUCAACAAAAUCUUCAAUUCUACACAUUGUGGAACAAGAUCUUAACUGAGGAUGUCAAAACUGUAGAGUCUAGCACAAAAAUCAUCAAAGAAAUGUUUGGUCUAAUCAAAAAGAUCGAUCAUAAAGUAACAGAUAUCAGCAAAUACACCACAAAAAGCCACAAACCACUAGUCUGCAAAGGUGACUACAACUCUCUGGUCAUCCAAGCCUUUGGUCUUGAAAAGAACCCUUAUUCUACUAAAGCUGGUUCACGGUGGGCUGGCUUCACUUCAUUAUUAGCUUUGGGCUGUUGAUAAUAGGAACGAUAUGGUCUAUUCUUAUUUAUAUUCCCUUGAAAUUAAUGGAAGGAAUCAUAUUCUGCUUUAUGAUGCUAUAUUACUUAUUGUCAGCUAUAAUUUCAAGUAUUUUGAAUGUUCUGAAGUAUAUUAUACUUUUAUUGAUCGAUCUCAGCUCAAAUGAUAAAGUAAUGAUUCCAACAAUAAUUAUUUCGUUGUUAAUUUUAGUAAUUUAUUUAAUCCGCAGAACCAAAUAUUAGAAGAAAAAAUAAAUUCCAUGAGAAGAUGUAGAUAAACCACACAAAAAUCUACCUGGAGAAGAUAUCAACCCCAAAAAAAUCCAAAAACCCUCUAAUAUCCCCUCCAUAAUCCCCCU